UUCCCCACUUCUGGUAUAUUUUUUUUUUGCCUUUCCAGUUUCCAAUGCACCAUCUUCCUAAAACCAAUGCCAUUUCCAGAUAAUGGCGAACCCUUCAUGGCCCUCCCUUCCCGCCCUCGCUGCCCUAACCGCCUCUCUGCUCGUUCUGGCGGUGGGCCUUUCCUUUUCCCAUCCCCCCAAGGCCCGGAUUCCGACCACCCUCGACGGCCCCUUCCGCCCCGUCACCGUCCCCUUCGACCUCAGCCUGCGCGGCAACGCCGUCGACUUGCCGGACAACGAUCCUAGAGUUGUCCGCCUCGUUAAGGGCUUCGAGCCCGAGCAGAUUUCCGUCACUCUCUCCGCCACUUACGAUUCCGUUUGGAUCUCCUGGAUUACAGGGAAAUCGCAAAUUGGAUACAACAUAAAGCCGUUGGAUCCCAAAAGUGUGAAGAGUGUUGUUCGUUAUGGAAAGUUUAGGAAUCCACCAACGCAUGAAGCAACGGGAUAUUCUCUUGUUUACAGUCAGCUUUACCCUUAUGUGGGUCUUCAGAACUACACUUCUGGAAUCAUCCACCAUGUUCGUCUUACAGGGUUGAAACCCAAUACAAGGUACUUUUAUAGAUGUGGAGAUCCUUCUAUACCUGCCAUGAGUGACAUUCACCAUUUCAAGACCAUGCCGGUACCCGGUCCGAAGAGCUACCCCAAGAGAAUAGCAAUUGUGGGAGAUCUUGGCCUUACCUACAAUACAACCACCACAGUUGGUCACUUGACUAGUAAUGAUCCUGAUCUUAUGCUCUUGAUUGGUGAUGUUACUUAUGCAAACUUAUACCUCACAAAUGGAACUGGCUCUGACUGCUAUUCCUGCACGUUUGCGGACACUCCGAUACAUGAGACCUAUCAGCCUCGAUGGGAUUACUGGGGAAGGUUUAUGCAGAAUUUGGUUUCUAGAGUUCCGAUAAUGGUGGUAGAAGGGAAUCAUGAAGUAGAAGAACAGGUUGAGAACAAGACAUUCGUGGCUUAUAGUUCUCGGUUUGCAUUCCCAUCUGCAGAAAGUGGAUCUUCGUCCCCAAUGUACUACUCGUUUAAUGCAGGGGGGAUUCAUUUCAUUAUGCUUGGAGCCUAUACUCUCUUUGACAAAUCAUCGGAGCAAUACAGGUGGCUGGAGCAAGAUUUGGCCAAGGUAGACAGAUCCGCAACUCCAUGGCUGGUAGCUACUUGGCAUGCACCGUGGUACAGUACCUAUGUAGCCCAUUACAGAGAGGCAGAAUGUAUGAGACUGGAAAUGGAAGAGUUACUUUACUCUUAUGGCGUUGAUAUAGUGUUCAGUGGACAUGUUCAUGCCUACGAGAGGUCAAAUCGAGUUUAUAAUUACACAUUAGAUCCAUGUGGUCCUGUGCAUAUCACUAUUGGUGAUGGAGGUAAUCGAGAGAAGAUGGCAAUCCAACAUGCUGAUGAACCUGGUCUGUGCCCAAAGCCAAGUGCUGAUGAAUACCUCGGCAUGUGUGCAAGAAAUUUUACAUCCGGUCCAGCAGCUGGUAAAUUUUGUUGGGAUCAGCAACCAGAUUACAGUGCUUUCAGAGAAAGCAGCUUUGGCCAUGGGAUCCUUGAGGUGAAGAAUGAGACUUGGGCUCUAUGGACAUGGUACCGAAAUCAGGACUCUGAAGAUAAUGUGGGAGAUCAAUUUUACAUAGUGAGGGAACCAGAUAGAUGCCUUGUCCCGCAGGUGGUUGAAAGUUGGCCUACUGAUCUAUGAUUUGCACUGCUGGGAAAUUUACUCUGGUUUUUGAAGUUACAUAAGCAUCGAGUUUACUUCUCAUAGAGUCCCUGAUGGAAAGGGCAGCUCAGGCAGGACUAAUGAACAAAUUCUCAGUCGGCAUCACCGAGAUCUUGUUUUUAUACACACAUAAGAUAGAAGGGGGAAAUUACUUUUUAUACCUCAAGAUUGUCUACUACUGUCCAUCUUUGUAUUCUGUAACAUUGAUAUACAACUGAAAUAGUCUGUAAACUAAAAAACCUCAUAUAUACAUCUCAAAUAUAGAUAUGAUUAGACAAAGUUCAUGAA